GUAAACAGAUCCAAGCCCCCUCGCAGGCAUUAGGAGAGAGCUCUGCAAUACAGUCUGAGGACAAUCCCUCGACACGGAUAAUCCGAUUCAUUGAGCACGUGAACAGGGAACAUGGCGUUUACUUUUCGAUCGUAGACAACCGAAUGGAUAUAUGAUUAUUUUGUGAGUUCCAAACCAUCACCUAUGGUGUGAUCAAAUAAUAACCCCGGAAUAUUUGUACGUAAACAGCGGUCGGACAUUGAAGUAGCAAGAAAAUGGCCGCCACAAAAUUAACUCCGUGCUGGUGUGUGUUAUUCAUUCUUUUUGUUGGAAGUCACGGUUUAAAUCUGGCCUGUAUAGAAGUCAAGCGAGCUUACAUUGCUCAGGGAGGCAACGAGCACGAUGUUCCAAUUCAGGCCAUAUCUGGGGAACACCUAGAAGUAUGUCCACAAGGUCACACAUGUUGUACGCGUGAUAUGGAACAGAAGUUAAAAUCACUUGGUACCAAGGAGUAUGCUAAACUAGUAGAUGAAUCUUUUAGAUAUGUAAAAAGUAUUUUUGUAUCAAGAACAAGAAAAUUUGAUGAAUUUUUUACAGAGCUUCUUGAUAAUGCAAAAAAGGAUUUGCAUGAAAUGUUUGUAAAGACAUAUGGUCUUUUAUAUCAACAAAACUCUGAUGUGUUCGCAUAUUUAUUCAAAGACCUACGGAGUUACUACAAAGGAACAGAUUUAAGUCUGUUCGAUGCCUUAGACAAAUUCUUCCGUAAUUUAUUGAGGAAGAUGUUCAUGUUGCUGAACCCAACACUGGUGUACGACGAAUCAUUUCUUCGGUGUGUGACAAGCCAGAUGAACAAGUUGAAACCAUUUGGGGACACGCCUCAACAGUUAUCUUUAAAAAUAAAAAGAUCGUUCAUAGCAGCAAGAACUUUUGUGCAGGGGUUGGCUAUUGGUCGUGAUGUAGUUCUUGAAGUGUUGAAGAUACCUCCAACAGAAGCGUGUACUAAGGCUCUGAUGCGGAUGAUGUACUGUCCUCAUUGUCGCGGCCUCACACAAACAAAGCCCUGUAACAACUACUGUCUGAACACCAUGAAAGGAUGUCUUGCUCAUCAUGCUGAACUGAACCAGCUCUGGAAUGAUUACAUUGAGGCGAUGAAACAACUUGCCACACGUCUUGAAGGUCCCUUCAACAUUGAAUCAGUCGUGGAUCCCAUUGACGUACAGAUCUCCAAUGCCAUUAUGACCCUUCACGACAACGGAGACGAAAUCAGCGAACAGAUUAAGCAAGGAUGUAGCGUCAGUCAGUUGGGCCGAUCAAAGCGCGAUGCCCAGUCACCACGUGAUAGGUCUACAGAUAACACUGGUCAACUCCCAGACAGCAUCAAAGCCAAGAUCCAGGGACAACUUGCUGCUCUCGGAGGGGAAAACAUUGACGGCAUGCCGUAUGACCCUACGAAAAUGGGGGUAGUGAACAACACUGGCAAGGGGCACCAACAGUAUGACUAUGGGAGGUACGGCAACUCCAGGAAAAAACAGAGGCAGCAACGUCCCAACACUGCGGCUGGAACUAAUCUUGACCGUCUUGUGAAAGACAUCAAAGAAAAGGUAAAGUUGGCCAAGGACUUCUGGGUACACCUGCCGUACGCCAUUUGUAAUGACGAAAACAUUUCUGCUCAGGCCGGGAAUGAUGAGGACUGCUGGAACGGACAGGAUAGAGCAAGGUAUGUACCCGAGGUACAGAAGGACGGCAUCAUCAACCAAAUUAACAAUCCAGAGGUGGAGGUCGACGUCAAUGAGGGAAAUUUUGUCAUCGAGCAGCAGAAGAUACAGCUUAAGAUUAUCACCAGUAAACUCAACACUGCUUUCAAUGGCGAGGAAGUGGACUGGAUAGAUACAGAAAUCGAUGUAGGGUACAGUAGUUACUCAAGUGGCAUGGGCAGUGGCGAUGACUACAACAUCGAUGGCAGUGGGGAUGGUAGCGGUGAUGGAAGUGGCUCAGGAGACGGAUGGACUGGUGACGAUGAAGAUGGUGGUCCAAGGAGACCUAACAAGGACAGAGGACAUAAAAAAGGUGGCCAUGGUGGUCGUAACAAGGGGUCAGGCAAAGACAAAACACACAUCGACGAUAACUUCUUCAUCGGACCCGAAUAUGGUGUUGACACAAAUGACGGAAAUGGAUAUAACCAGCCACCACGAGAGACAACACCCACACCAAGUGCAGCCGUACAACAAACAUCUGUGUCUUGGACAUGUUUGUCAUUUUUGGUUCUUGCAGUGAUAAAGACAGUUAUACAUAUCACACUUUGAAGAUAAUGGGGAAAAUUAGUUUGCAGAGAGGGAAAAAAGUAGAAAUAUUUGCAGUGAUAUGAUGAAAUUUUUUUCGUGAUUAUGUUACAUAGAAAAAAGCUGUCCAAGUCUCAGUCUAAUGGAAGCUUGGCAGGGAUAUGGGAAUUACCUUACCAGAUCGACUGGCUCACUAGCCAAACAUCUUUGUACAUAGGAUCAUGUGAUAUAUGUGGUGGCCAUGUGACAUUGUCAUAUCAACACCUAUAUGAAUAUUGUUGCCAUGGAGAUGGAAUCACCAUUAUACAGUAAUAAUCCUUAUGUAUGUUUUCUGUUGCGAAAAUCAUCAUACAAACCACGAGACCACAAUACUGUGACAGUCUGUUUGUUACCAAAAAUUUCAUUGGCCAGUUCAUUUUGCAAUGGUCUAUAUAUAGCACCCAAAUAUAUAUACUGUAUAUAUAUACACACAUAUAUAUGUUAUCAUUGUUAACAUAGGUUACCAGGCAACAGAAAAUCUUGUCACAAUUUCUGUUAUCGGGCAAGUAACUUAUUACUGUCAGGCUUGACAUAUUAUUUUCUGUAAAGAUAUGGGAUUCAAAUAUCAGCUAUGAUUUAAGUUAUAUAUUCGAUAGUUUUCAUUAACAAAAGCUAUCACCAUAGAACGAUGUGAGUUACCGACACUGAAAAUGGAGAUAAUAUCUUGCCUGAAACAGUGUCCAAAGUUCUGCUUAGCUCAUUCUCCUGUCAAUGUGGUCCACUGAACGUCAUCACAUCACAAAGUACUCAAACCGUUUACCUCUUGGAGCUAAGGAAGAUGACCAGUAUGCGGCUAGUCAUGUGACUUAAGUAACUCUAAAUAUAGAAUACAGAUCAUGUGACCUGUGUACAGUGGACAUGUGAUUUCUAUAGCCCCCUGUGACUAUUGAAGAACACUGAACAUGUCCCGUAGCCAGCAUUCUGAAGUGGUAGAAUAGAUGGAGGCACAGCAACGACAUUACGGAGAAAGGCCAUUACGGAAACGAUACCAUUAAGUGUCGAGGAGGCCUAAUGUUACAGAUAGGAAAUUGACUUUCGUGUCUGUUAAAUAAGUAUAUGUAUAUAAAGAUAGAUCUGGUCUUGAAAAUAACCUCGUGACAAAAUAUCAAGGUGAUUCAGUGGAACUCUUGCUUGGGAAUCUGGUUCAUAGUAACACUUGGCAUGUAUAGAUCUCUUGCCAUUUACAACAAGAGUUUGUGCUACCUUGAUGCUGUAGAGGUUCUGGGCCUUAACGACCAGGCAGAAAGGUUGCUAAGGAUGUAAUAGAUGUUAACCGCUAAUACUGUAAGUGCUAGCUGUGUUUAUAAUUAAGGGUAAGUUUUACUGGGAAGACAAUGACGUCAUAUGAUGAUGACAUUAUUUAGAUGGUUGUAUAUAGAGUGUUGUUCAAAUCGUUUCCUUUUGUGUGUAUAAUUUCAUUACUGUACCAUUUUGCCAAAUUUUGUUCAUAUUAUGACAUUCAUUUGUAUAAUUAUCCUAAUUUUAAUUAUUGAUGAAAAGCUGAUGAUUUUAAUUAUUGUAUGUACAUGUAGACUUAUCGGUAACAAUACUGAUUUUAUUUAUGUAAUUAAUGCCUAUAGGUAUACCGGUUGUCAAAUACUAUUUUUUGUUUUGCACUUCUGCAAAUAUUUUGAUAAUUUUUAAUCUGAUGACAAUUUUACCAGAUUUUAGCCAAAAAUAAUUUCUGUUUUAAAUUGGGGGAAAAAAUUGUGAUAAUGAAGUAAGAUUUGUGAUGUAACAUCAAAACGUUAUGCCAGAUUGCACCUUUCAUACAAAAUGUUCGACAAUCAGUCAUUGCCAUAGGAGUGAAAAUGUAUUCGUGAAAAUAAGAAUUAUUAAAUUGAAAAUAAUGUAAAAUAUACAAAAUCAUAUUGAAAUUGUUUUCUUUAUUCAUUUAUUCACAGUAAACAAUGUCAUUCAGAUUUAUCAAAUCAAAAUUGAUUUUGCAUAAUUACAUGGGGAAUAUUAGCAUGAGGUUUCAGACAAUUUCAUUGGAUGUGAUUCUGUUUCAUCUCGAUAAGAUUAACACAUGUAUGACUUCUGUAAUUAAACAUUUUUGCAGACUUUCAUGUGAGAUUUUAAAACUGAAAAUAAGGCAAGCAUUUUUUCCACAGCUACAUUUCCUAAUUCAUAUCAUUUACUAAAACACAACUAGCCAGAAGUGGGUGCAUUGGUGUGUGCUACUUAUCAAAUCUGUAGUUCUGUUAAUCAACAUGGCAGUGUAUGGUCCGACAUAAACACGCCUCCGGACACUUUCUGAGGACCGUAUCUUUAACAGGUAGUGUAAUGACCUCAGAAUCGUGUAAUAUUGAAAUGCAUAUGUACCCAGUAUCAUACGUAUUUCUAAUAUUGAAUGGUUACCAAAAAUGGCCCCAGAUGUCGGAACCCACAUCAUGGUGUAGAGGAACAGGGUUAUAGGUCAGAUUUGAAUCGAUCGUACAAUUGUGGUAUCAUUUCAUCAGAUUUUUUCUCACACUGAAUUAGUAUAUAAGCUCAGGGUCUUUGAAUUUUUCACUUUUGUUUUGAAAAUGUUUGGCCGAUUUUGUUUCACAAAUUUUAACAUUUUCUAAGGAACAAUGCAUUUUUAUUAUGACAUGGCAGUUGUGGUAUUUAGCUGGUUGUUGAGUUUUAGAGUUUUCUGUUGUCAUCGUUUAUUGUGUAUGGAGAGUUAGUCUGUUCAUUUCCUAUUUUUCAAAUGCUGUAAUUCUCUUACUGCACUUUAUAGCAUGACAAACAUAAUGAAAAAUAUUGUCAACUAAGACUUAUAUUAGCAGACUUGAAGUACUGAAAGAAGUUCACAAAUCCUUUCACUGGGUUAAUUGGGUGAAACAUGUAUUUAUUUAGCUUAUUAUAGUGCUCAACAAAUUCAAAUGCACCAAAAACAUUACAAAAAGUGCAAAUAUACACUCUUAAAAUAGAGAGGUUACUUUUCUGUCAGAAAAAUUGUGUUAUUAAAAGGUUGUCAUGGUGACAGUAGUUGACUCUAUCUGUCACCGUGACAGUAGUACUGGACAACAGAGGACUUUAUGAUGACCAUAUCGUAUGUUAAAUGUCACAUUUGUAUCACAUUUCAGCUCAAUUAAGAAUAUCUUAAUGCUGUCACUGAUGAAUAUCGUGUUAAAAAAAAAAAACAAAUAAAAAAAAAAACAGGUUAUGUUUCUGUCCUAUUUUGCUUGCAAUGAAAUUACAUGUAUAAUAAAGCGUCUUUCAGUAAGUCAACCAAUCAGAAAUGGGUUUAUUAUAUUCAGAAUGUAAGCUAUGUUUACAGUGGUCAGUUUGGUAGUUUAUUUAUUCCUCUUACGAAUUGAAUAAUUGUAAUAAUCAGUAUCGGUAAGAAUCUUAGAAAAUGAUUUUAAUUUUUAUUGGUGCCCUCUAAGGAUAAUAAUGUGACUUGGGCAAGUCAAAGUUCAGAAAUCCAGUUUAGGGAUAGGAGGGGGGUACGUGGAAAUCUGGGGGAUUAAGUUCUCUAUAAAUGGAUGUAUAUGUCCUGUAGAAGCCGCGUUACUCUGACAGACAAUGGGACAUGCAUGUCGAUAACUUUGAUCAGCUGUGAUUGUCCAGUGUAACAAUGACCAAGUAAUGGUCAGUUUUCAUGGCAAUAUGUUAGAUAUGACCUUGUGUCUGACUUGACCUUGAGUUUGAUAUGACCUUGUGUCUGACACUACCUUGUGUUUGACAUGACCUUUUGUUUUCUAUGACAUUGUGUAUGAACUUGCAUUUGACAUGACCUUAUGUCAGACACAACUUAUGAUUUUUAUUUUAAUUGAUCUUUGUAUAAAAAGUACAAUAUUAUACAUUGUUGUGUCUCAAAAGUUCCUGUGUCAACCAAAGCAGUAUCAGUCGUCUGCGUGUACUAAUAUAGAUAUCUCUCUGGUCACCAACACCCCAAGGUACAUCUACAAUAUCACUGGUUGUAACUGUCGUUAUAUUAUAAUCCAGCAUCACUUCCAAUUCAGUAUUGAUCCAAGUUUGAUAUGUAUCCUGGUAUUAACACCACCUGUAGUAUGUACAGGUAUCUUUACCUAAUACAGAGUAUUACAGGUGUGUACAGGUGUGUACAGGUGUCUACAGGUGUGUCUAGUAUUUGUACAGUACCCGUGACGGUACAGGUGUCUACAGGUGUGUCUAGUAUUUGUACAGUACCUGUGACGGUACAGGUGUCUACAGGUGUGUCUAGUAUUUGUACAGUACCCGUGACGGUACAGGUGUCUACAGGUGUGUCUAGUAUUUGUACAGUACCUGUGAUGGUACAGGUGUGUCUAGUAUUUGUACAGUACCCGUGACGAUACAAGUGUCUACAGUUGUGUCUAGUAUUUGUACAGUACCUGUGACGGUACAGGUGUCAGAACCUUCUUGGUGUCUUUGAUCUGUGUAGGUAUAUAUCACCUAUCUAUAUACCCGGUACCUUGUACCUGUGACGGUACAGGUGUGUCUAGUAUUUGUACAGUACCUGUGACGGUACAGGUGUCAGAAACUACUUGGUGUCUUUGAUCUGUGUAGGUAUAUAUCACCUAUCUACAUACCCUGUACCUUGUACCUGUUAACACUGUAGGAAAUAAAAUGUUUAGUGGCAGUGUUAUCAGAUCUGUAAAGAAGGAGUAUUUUUUUGUAAGAGGGAUUUUUUUUUUUUUUUUUAAUUUUCACAUUCGUUAAAUGUAAAAAUUAUAGGAUUUCCUUUCAUAUCUUAUUUCUUAUAUUGAUUUUCAGGGUGGGGAAAUUUUCUCAAAGGGUGUGGGUUACGGGUUAUUAGCAGAUGCUUUGCUUAUACAUUUACCUGUUUGUUUUAGAAAAAAAAACUGCUGUUUAUACCUGUAAAUAUUAAACAGUUUAAAUCUGUAAAUCAGAUGAUGAUUUAACAGGGAUUUAUAGUGCAAACAUGUUUUAAUUUUUUUUUUUCAUCCCAAUAUAUCGCCCAGUCAGCAUUGAGUUGAUUUUCUGUUCAGAAAUCAUGUUAAUCAUAUUUGUGUUUGUUUAUUAUUAUUAAUUAUUAUUAUUAUUAUCGUGCCUGUGUGGCCUGUUAGUGAUUUGUUUUUAUUGAAAGAUAUUUUACUGACUUUUGAAAUAAUGACUAUAUUUCUUAAUUAUUCAGUUACACUAUAUAUACAUUAUAUAGAUUUCAUGAACAUUUUAACAAUAACACAAACACUUGGAGGUAUGAUUUUUUAAGUUAGUUAUACUAAAUUUAAUUUCAAAUUUAUGAGAAGAAUAUGGAAAGCAAUAUGAUUUUUAUUUCGAACAAUGAUUUUUGUUGAGUAUUUUAAACAUUUUUUUUUAUCUUUGAAAAAGCAUGGCACGCUUUCUUGUGUGUAAUUUGUCGUGUGUUUAAAAUGAAUGUAUGGUUGUAUGUCGUUGUGGAUAUAUUUUUCCAAGCUUUCUAGAUAUUUAUAAUCAAAAUGAUGUCAAGUAUGAAAACAUAUCGUUGAGAGUCGAGCACAUGUUCUAUCGAAGUGCGACUUUACUGUAAGUGUAUUUACGUGUUCAUGUUUUCAGCUAAACGCCGGUAAAUAUGGUGAACCGUGUUUUUGUACAUUUUUUUUCAAUUCAUCCACAUCAUAUCAUUUCAGUAUUGACAUGAACAUAUUAUCUCUGUACAGGGGAUUCCUUGAAGGUGUGUAGUUUAUGUAUAAAAGUGACAUUUAUCAUUUAGAAUUCUGUAGAUCCUUCUUUGAUCUUGAUUUUCAUUUAAGGUGACAUGCUACGUUUACACACUUUACCUCUGAAUUGUGUUGGAGUUGUCUCCCUUGAUAUUUUUGUUGUUAUCAAUGUAAUCAUUAAUAUGUUUUUUGGUAUCAACUGAUUAAUCAAUCCUAAGUAACUUUUCACGAAAAGUGAAGGAGAUAGACAAUGCAUGGCGCAAAAGUCAGGUACCAUAAGCCCUAAGAUAAUAAGUCACUUUUAUUUCAAAUUGAUAAAGGAGAUUGUUUGAAAUUUUUUCAGUAUAUUGUGUAACAUAAUUUUUCAUUCUGGAUCUUGAAUUUGGUAUAAACAAUUUAUUUUGGCUUCAGCAGAAUUGAAUUGAGAAAAUAUUUAUUGUAUUUAACCGAUAGAAUUAUAAAGAAUUUUGACUGUGAUAGUUGUCUGUAGAUAGAAACCUAUUUUGAGAUGCCCCCUUAGAAUAAACCUAUUUCGAGAUGCCCCCUGUACUGUCAUCCAUAGCUCUCAUGGUUAGCCACAUCAAAAAGACAUGUUGCUGUAUCUCUGUGCUCCUCCGAUAGAUUUCAUAAUACGAGGAAAUUAUUUUAUUGAAAUAAAAAUUUAUACACUGUGA